AUGACUAUUGCUGCAUAUGCGUAUGAAACAAAUGAAGCAAGAAGAGCACAUGAACUAGUAAACGAAAACUCAACUUUAACCAUUGAAGGCAAUGAUUUAGUCAUUGACGAUGGAAAAACUAAAAAAGUCAUUGAUUUCGAUACUUUUAACACUUAUGACCCAUUCAUUACAAUAAGUAAAGUUCCUAUCAUAAAUGAUGGAACGGUGCAAUAUAUAAAUUCUACAGUAGAUGCCUCAUUAGUGAAAGUACUGAAUGUUCUCAUUGAAUUGUUAAAGAGCUUUCGAUUUGACGACAACAUUAAAUGCCUAAAGAAUUUAGUCAUGAAUGAGAAACAAAUAUUAGGAGUUGCUGGUAGCAGUAAUGAUGUACACCUUAUGACAUUAGAAUAUUAUAACGAACAUAAAGAUGAACUGAAAGGAGAGAAGGGUGACACCGGACCACAAGGAAUACAAGGACCUCAAGGAAUACAAGGACCUCAAGGAAUACAAGGACCUCAAGGCGAAAACGGUUUGGAUGGAAAGGAUGGAAAGGAUGGAAAAACUGCUAAAUCAUGGAUAUGGGACCUUAUAAAUACUGGUUUAACAGCUGCUUCAUAUGGAGUUCUUCAAUACCAAAUCGGAAAGAUAUGGGCAGUACUUGGUGAAGAAGCUUUAGAUGAUGUUAAAAAUGCUUUGAACUUCAUUUCAAAUGGUUCGGAUACUAUUAAAACUUUAUCUGGUUGGAUGCAAGAAACAAGGAGUCAAAUAGAUACUGUAAGACGUAUAGCAAACAAUGCACGUACGGGAUUGGAUACUUUACGAAAAGCACAAAAUACACUAAAGGAAGCAAAUGAUAUUCUUGGCUCAGUAUCAGACAUGCAUGAAGAUUGGCUUAAAGGUAUUGACAAAUCUUUAAAAAAUCACAGUCAGUCUAUUGCUGACUACAAGAAAAGUAUAGAUUUUUUACAUAGUGCUAUGGACGUACAUGAUGGAAGCAUAAGGAACUUACUUAAUGCUAACAAUAACUUACCAGGAACUAUUAAAGCAUUUAUAAAGUCCUUUGUAAAACCCGGUGCUCUAACAUUUAGGUCUUUGAGAGCAAGAGCAUUGAAGUCAAGAGAUGCAGAAACUCCAACAGAAACUCCAGAAGGAACUGAAACAACAGAAACUCCAGAAGAACCACCAAAACCAACAGCUAAUGAAAUAUUGUUCGAAUAUUUUCCAAGGUACUCUGUUCUCAUUGCAUACAUUCAAGAAAUACUUAAGAAAGCAGACUUGACUUUAGGAGAUGAUGAAAGUUCUGUAUAUCUUUCGUUCCAAUUCCAAAUAG